UUUGUUAAAAAGAAAUCUUGACUCGUUAUCCUCUUUCUCUGGCUCGCCUUGUAUAUACCAUCCAACCAAGCUCCGAUUUGCUAAGGCAGUGGACGACAAUGGCGGUUUCCCUAUCGGCGCUCACAACCACCCUCUCUUCACUCUCAUUCUCUUCCAAUAUUUCUCAGAAACCAAAAACCCUCUCAUUCGCCAGAACCGAAUCCCUCUCCCUCUCGCGCUUCCCCAAAAACCCCUCUCUCAUCGUAUCCGCCACAGCACUCGCAGAACCUGAAACCGCAGACCUCAAGAAAUACGUGAAAUCGAGACUUCCCGGUGGAUUCGCCGCCCAAACAAUCAUCGGAACCGGUCGCCGUAAGUGCGCAAUCGCUCGCGUUGUUCUCCAAGAAGGAACUGGCAAAUUCAUCAUCAAUUACCGUGACGCUAAGGACUAUCUUCAGGGAAAUCCACUGUGGAUUCAAUACAUUAAGGUUCCCUUGGUAACUUUGGGAUAUGAGAGUAGUUAUGAUGUUUUUGUGAAAGCUGAGGGUGGUGGACUAUCGGGUCAGGCUCAGGCGAUUUCCCUUGGCAUUGCACGUGCCUUGCUAAAGGUGAGUGAAGAUCAUAGAGUACCUUUGAGACAGGAAGGGCUUCUGACCAGAGAUUCUAGAGUGGUUGAGAGGAAGAAAGUUGGUCUCAAGAAAGCUCGUAAAGCCCCUCAGUAUUCUAAACGUUGAGGUUGGAAUUUUACAUGUAUGGAAUUUUUUUCAUUAUGUUGGUUACAUUUUGAACUAUUGAUUGUUUUCAUUUUUAGUUGUAGGUUUUCUUUUAGAUAAGUAAAGAGAGUUUGGAACAGAUCCACAAGUUGUUUGUAUACAGAAUCCUGCAUUUUGUUUCCCCAUCUCUCUUGUUUUCUUGAUCUGUAUGGAAUUGGGAAUUGUAUCUAUGAUAAGAUUUCUCUCUCCUUUCACAACCCCUAACCAAAAUCACCCUUUUUUUACUACGUUGCUUGUUUCUUUUCAUGACAUAAAUUUUGUGGUCUUUACUCUUCA